AUGACAGCAUUCGAUAUGACGGCAGUAGCAGAAAGAGACGACAUCCAGCAAGAACUCUUGCCCAAGCUGUCCGACAAGGCAGUCACUCACUUUCCGGGCUCAGACAGCUUUGAGAAGUCGAAUUUGAGGUUCACUGAAUAUGAGCGCCCUACGUACCUAGUUUCCAUUUCACCUGGUUGCGAGGAAGAUGUCAUCCAGAUUGUCAAGUAUGCGAGAGAUAAAGACGUUCCCUUCGCCCCGCGAUCAGGGCAUCAUGCCGUGACAACAACAAUGCGACAUCUGAAGAAUGGCAUCCUCAUCGACAUGCGAUCGCUGAACAAGCUGAGGUUUGAUCCUGACAAGCGACAAGUAACGGUCGGAGGAGGUGUGAUCACAGAUGAUUUUGUCAAGUUUCUCCAGUCUGUAGGAAUGGAAGUUAACGUCGGUUCCUGCCCGACAACAGGAAUUAUAGGUGUUGCAUUCGGUGCCGGCCUCGGUCGGCUUCAGGGCAAGUAUGGCUUUUUGCACGACAACAUGGUUUCUUGCAAGCUAGUCCUUGCGGAUGGAAGUGUAACGACCGUCUCGGAAGAAUCGAAUCCAGACCUGUUCUGGGCUAUACGUGGCGCAGGACAUAACUUCGGCAUUGCACUUGAGGCAACGUUUCGCGUCUUUCCCCAGGCAAACGGUGGAAAUCAUUACACUUGGGAUCUGGAGUAUACUCUGGACCAAUGUGAUGCCGUUUUUGAGACGCUAAACAGUGUGCAUGAGAAUAUGCCGGCUGAUUUGGCUAUCUUUGUCCUCUGGAUUCGCCAAUCUGACGGCGGAAGAAAGCAAGCUGAUACUUUGUCUUGUCAGCACCACAUUCUAGUCAACCUCGUCUGGUCCGGAUCCGAAGCCGAGGCAGACCCAUGGGUUGCUCGCUUCGAAAGCCUUGAUCCCAUCAUCAGCAGUGGGAAGGUCAAGACUACCUGGGCCGACCUUCCCUGGACGACAUACAAAGGACAAAACAAAAUUCUCAGUAAACCAGAGGUAUGGUCUUUAGCCCCGAACAAGAUGAUGGGAGCUGCCUGCGUCGAAAAGUUCGACCUCAAAACCACCAAGGCAUUCUUUGAGAGCGUGAAGUCCAUGAACGAAGAGUGGGCUGGAAAAGGCUUCUUUGGAGCCAUGUUCGAGUGUCUACCGCAUCAGAAAGUCAGAGAACUUCAAGACGACGCCACAGCAUUUCCUUGGCGCUGGGGGUCAAAUCACUUCUUGAUGUUGAUGGCAACUCCGAUCAAAAUGGAAAACCGAGAGCCGUUUGAAGCUCAUCUCGACCGAUGGAAGAAGGAAUUCAUUGCCGCCUCUGGAUAUGGCCGCUUGCAACAGUACGUCAACUACGGAAAUACAACGUCUACCCUGCGGGAUCAGCCGGAGGCAUUGUAUGGAUAUGAGCCAUGGAGAUUGGAAAAACUCCGGUCGCUGAAGAAAGUUUACGACCCAAAUAAUGUGUUUCGCUGGUACCAGCCGUUUAUGGAAUAG